AUGGGAUGCUAAGAGUCUACUCCUAAGCAUAUGUAAGAUUUUACAAUUAAAAUAUGUAAGGGUAGUGUAAUUGGAGCUUAUGUCGGAGAUGCAGCUGGAGGAGUUUUGGAGUUUAUGAGGUCGAUUACUAGAAACUAGGUUUUAAAUGCACUUACUUUUCCUGGUGGAGGGGCAAUGAGACUUGGCUAAGGCUAAAUUACAGAUGACUCUGAAAUGGCUUAAUGUAUACUAUAUGGCAUUUUAGAGCAAUAAAGAAUUUCGAAAACUAAAAAUUUAGUUUUAGAUUUAGAUAACAUAACUAAAUAUUAUGGAACAUGGAUGAGAUGCGCUUUUGAUAUUGGAAACACAACUAGAAAUGCUCUUAAAGUAAUAGAUCCGGAAAAUCCAUCACCUUUGGAUGUAUUUCAUAAUGUAGCUACAAAUUCAACAAGUCAUUCAACUAGUAAUGGAUGCCUUAUGAGAAUUACACCUUAAGCAGUGUGGGGACAUAAUCUAAGUAAUUAAGAUUUAAAAAUUGCAGUAGAGCUGUAGACUAAUCUCACUCAUUCAGUUCCUAAGGUAGUUGAUGCUUGCUAUAUAUAUUGUUUAGCAAUAAAGCAUCUCAUUCACUAUCCAGGUGAUGCAAGAGGUGCUUACAACUUUGCUAAAUAAGAGUCUACAAAAAUUCUAAGUUGGUUUGAGAAUAUUGAGAUUGAAAACCUUCCUAAUCCACAAAAAAAUAUCGGGCAAAGUGAAAUCGCAUUUUCUUAUGCAUUUUAUUACUUAAGGAAAGUCAUAACAUAAUAAGAUCUAAGCUUUGAAAAGAUUAUGGAAGAUACUCUAUUUCUUGGAGGAGAUACAGAUACAAAUGCAGCUAUUGUUGGAGGACUAUUAGGAGCGUAUUUCGGUGUGAAGAGAAUACCUACUAAUUGGAUCAACAGUAUUCUAAAUUUUGAUAAAACAAAAAAUGACCGUUCUCAAAUUGGUCAAUAAAAUUCAGGUAUUGCAAGACCUUAAUUUCUAAUACCAAAGCACAAUCUGAUUAAUGAUUUAGAUAUUUUGGUGAAAAAUGCUCCAACUAAACUUUCAGUAAAGUAUAUGGGAAGAAUUUACACAAAUCAAGACUCUAUUAAAAAUAUUUUAAAUGAAGCAAGAAACCAAAGGAUAGCACAAAUUGUCUGA